AAUACAAGUGAAUUUGUAUCCGUAUGUUGACUGCGCUACUGUUCGCUCACCACCAUAAUUCCACCACCACAAAACUGCAUCCUCGUGGUCAGGAGGUGGUGCCUUAGCGUGAAGACUGAUAUGGUUUUGGUGUAAUUAAGGUGGACUACAGAAAAUCCAAGUCGAGCCUUGUAGUAAGAUACUGUAGUGGUGAGAUAUUGAAGAGGGCACGGCGUUCUUCGUCACUUAAAAAGAGCCCGACAGCAUCAAACGUAUCGAUAUUCGUCAAUUCAAUCGGGUACACUGGAAAAUACGUUCAACUUUGCUGGCAUUGUUUAUAACGAAAAAAGAUUUAACAAUGUCUCUGCUGGACUUCAGACGGGCUGUUACAAUCCUGUCACCAGUGGGUUUUUUUAAAAGUUCCUUGUAUAAUUGCUAUCAUACAACAGUUACAUGUCGAAACAAUAACUCCGUUCCAGAAAUUGUGAGAGGAGGACCGGCAUUGUUGCAGCAUGCUGCAAGUCUUCGCGAUCAGUACAGCCCACCAAAGGCGUUACAGGAAAAUGAGACAGAGAAAGAACGGAAAAAGCAACCGAGAAAACGUAUACCCAUAAAAAAGCUGCUCUCAAUGGAUCCGUUUCAUGUUCACAAAUCCAUGAUGAUGCACUCCUCCUACAAAAAGGUUGCUCCCUUGUGCCGACAAAUCGCUCGUCAACCUUUCUAUGAUGCACUUCUUCAAAUGCAAAUGUCCAGCAAACGUGUGUCAAAACGAAUUGCUCACGCGCUUGUAGAAGCCAAGGAGAACGCAAUAAAAGAGUCGGAUCUUGAUCCGAGCACACUUUAUGUCAGUGAAGCUUGGGUAGGCAGGGGACCCUAUUCAAAAAAGAUAUGGCCGUUGUCGCGAGGACGCACAGCCAUUCGUCGCUCACCGCGUGUACAUGUCACAGUUGUCCUCAAGGAUAAGCGUGCUUUAAUGCGAUUUGUACAAUACCGAUUGCAGCGAAAGGAUAACAAACCCGUUUGGCAACCGUUGCAAGACAAACCAUUCUACAAUAAAAGAAACCAGUUCACCUGCUAAUAAUGUUACAAUGAUAGACAAGCGUUCACCACAAAGCUAGAACACGAUGCCUUCGCUUUCCCCUUUCAACUUCCCUUUUUAUUCCGUUCCCCCCUUUAACGAUUGCUUUAUGAGUUAUUUGAAACAAGAAGAUCUUAUAAGAAAAGAAAAGAUAAUUAGCACGAGCCAUUAAGACUCUAAGUUUUUAGGUGUGUGUUGAUUACGUGUAAGUGUGAAAUUAGAGCAAGCACACGCUGAUACAGCAUGUUAUCUUCGUCAUUGCUGCGCUGCUGCUCUUUAAAGAACCAUUUAAUAAGAAGAAAUAUCAGUUUUGGUCGCAUAAAAACGUUCAAUGAAGUACAGUUACCAAAAAAAUAACAAACGUUAAAAAGGCAUAAACGUCAUGGAGAUAGCAAAAACAGGAUUGAUGACAAGUGUUGCAAAGCAUGAAAAAUAAAAUAGCAUCAAAGGAAAUAAGAACAAAAAUCUGUUAUCAUAUGAUUGUCCACACAUACGCACACACAGAACACUUUUUUUGAAAGCCCCGCUUUAGGAAACAGCAUUUUUAAUCAUCCAUUUGAAAGGGUGUCUCUUCCUCAAACACAGGAGGUCCCUUCCAUGAGGUCGCAGACAUUGGCAUCCGCGAGCUGUUUUCAAGAGGCAGAGGACUUGUAGUCACGGUGAUUCCGCCCUUGUCAAGGAAUGGUGACAGAGUACGGUGCGUAGGCGUUUUCGUCGGAAUGUUGCUCAAUAAUGGCUCACUUGCCAAACGAGAAAUCAGCGCCGGUCGAACAGCUUCCAUACUACACAUUUCAGAAAAGUAAUCCGUAUGGUUUACCAUGAAUGAACCAGAAAAGCUUGAAGACGGUGUCGUCGGUAAAGACAAUUUCUUUUCGUUUGCCUUGGCACGUUCAAACAGCGCCCCAAAUCUGCUGCUUCCUGGACUCAGGGUGCUAGCAUGCGAACUAGCAGGCAUAAACGGCGUAGCAUUGUUGCUACGCUGACGUUGAUAAGCGCCAUUAGCCAAAAGAGGCGACGACAAGCCAUUGUUCUCAAGGCUACUCGCAAUCUUGCCUCCAUUACCGUAGUUCUCUUCAUCCGAAGAUCCAUCAUUGUAUGUGAGUGCACGAGUUACAGAACGAGUUGGCAGACUCGCACUCACAGUCGAAUGGCUCUGCAAGUCUAUUGAGUUUGAGCGCGCAACCACACUAUCACGCGCUAACACCGUACCAAAUGACAGACUCAUUGAACCGGAGUUUCCCUUUUGUUGUUGUGCUGCCGCUGCGUUUCGCAUGAAUACUGCAGAGAGUUUUUGGUCGAGCGAACUCGAUAGUGUUCCGCGUGAAAUCGAAACAAAUGAAGGUGAACCGCUGCUUGAGAUGCCAAGCAGCGAAGGACGACGACUCGCACUUCCAACAAUAGGCGGUUGAUCAUCACUCAUAAAGUUUUGCAUUUGCUGAAAUAAAAGACCCCUGUGCUCAGUAUUCGCAACUGCCGCAGCUGCCGCAGCUGCGACAGUGGGUGAAGUGGUUCCUUGAGACGGUGAAAUGGAAAGGCUGUCGAAAGACGUGAGGAAGCCCGAGUUGGGGGGCAUACGAGAAAAUUCGGCAGAAGGUGCCGUAUACGUUACAGAAGAACGAGCACGGCCAUUGCUGCUAGGCAUCGUAUUUUGCAUCUUUGAGCUAGCAGCACGCAAGUAGCUGUUGUUUGAAGGACUCAUUCUGCCCAUUCGGCGCGCACCAUUUGUCUGUGGAGAAGUCUCGUUUUUCAACGAGCCGUUUUGUUCAGAAAACUGUGCUUGAAGUGCAGUGGGAGAGUGUGAUAACGCACAUUUGGAGCCAAAUUUGCAGUUUCCCUUUAAAAAGUACUUGCAAGGGGAGCGUUCAUUGUCCAAAGAAUGGCUAAAUGGACAAUUGUUUCCAGCGGUACAUGCACCCUGUCUAAAGAACUUGCAGGGAACAUGAUGCAAGUUCUUCAUACCCGAGCCUCCAGAAACACUCGAUUCGGCCGCAUCACGCGUUGCCAAUUUCCCAUGCUUUCGAGAGUCCAUUGUCGUUUUGUUGUCGGCUGCAAGUUUGUGGUGAAGCAUGUUCGGAUUCAAUGCAGAAUGAAUCUCAAUCAUAAGACUUUGUUUCAACUAAUGUGACGAUAAAUAAAAUAGUAUGCAGAUAGAAAUGAACAGUGUCGCAAAAAAUAAAAGCUUGAACCGAA